AUGCGGCGCAUCGCCUUCCUUUUCCCCGCCCUCGGUCGCGUGUCCGCGUCCCGCGGCAGCGCCACCAGGCCCAGCAGCGGCAGCAGCGGCCCCAAGCUGGAGGAGUUGGCCGGGGCGUACGCGCAGCUGACGCUGAAGGAGCUCUCCGACCUGCAGCGGCUGAUCUUCAAGAAACUCGGCCACAGCGACGAGUUCUACGAGAAGGCCCUCCUGCGCGGCCUCGGCGGAGGCGGCGGCGGAGUGAUGAUGCCACCGCACGCCGUGGCGGCGGCCGCGGCGGCGGCGCCGGGGGCGGCAGCGACGGAGGAGCCCCCGAAGGCGGAGAAGAAAAAGGUGGAGAAGACCACGUACGACGUGAAGCUGGCGAAGUUCACGCCGGACAUUAAGGUGAAGCUCAUCAAGGAGCUCCGCUCCGUCACGAGCCUCUCCAUCUCGGACGCCAAGAGCGCCAUUGAGAAGUGCCCCGGACUGGUGCAGACAAACAUGCGGAAGGAGGACGCGGAGAAGCUGAAGGGGCUAUUCGAGAAGCUCGGCGCCACGGUGGAGCUCAUUUAG